AAUUUUCAAGUUUCAACUAUCAUUUAAUUUACUGGUUUGUUAUUAUUCUGAAAGGGGCCACACCCGUGCAAUUUAAAAUCAUAAAUUAAAUAGCAUUUUACUGAAUUACCAGGAUAUAUAAUUAAGUACUUGUUAAAUGUUUCAAUAUGUCUAGAGUAAGCGUGCUAAGCAUAUUAACAAUUUUCCUGUGUUCCUUAGUGUUAGAAGUCACCUGUCUCGAAUGUUAUGUUUGCGAUAAUCAGGAAGAUAAUUCAGAGAAAUGUGUUAAAAGUAUAAAAACCUGUGAUUUCAAUCAAGAUGUAUGUUUGACCGAAAUUAAAUGGGGAAGUACGCCGUAUUGGUCACAAGGUACUAAAAAGCAAUACUAUAUAUCAAAAAGAUGUUCCAAUAAGACAGAAUGUGCCACAAACAGACAGCGCUACAUGCCUCUGUGUACAUAUAUAUGGUACCAAGACUGGGUAUGUGGCGACUGCUGCCAAGGUGACCGGUGUAACUACUACAUCAUAAGUGGAAGUGACCAUGCUAUUCCAUUUACCAGUAUUAUAUUUGGGGGAUUGAUCUUAUUGCAAUUUUUGUCAUUUAGAAACUGACUCUAUACUUUCAAAUCAUUUUUAUGUCUUGUUUUGUAUUUUUGCAUUAAUUAAUUUUUAUUUUAUAUAUUUUUAACAGAUGUUAACAUUCCAUCCAUUGUUGGAUCUGCUUUUUUACAUAUUUGUAUAAUAUUGAGUGUCUUAGGUUAAUAGUAGUUUGUGUUUAAUAUAUCCAACAUCAUAAAAUCUUAUAAGUUUGAAAGUGUAUGUGUUUAAGAUUCAUGUUUUAUAAUUUUAUCGGUCCUAUAUAACCUGAUUAUGUUUUGCAGUGAAACAAAUACAGUUCUAUAAUAGAAUUCACAUACAUGUAUCUAAAAAACACCAUAAGUAAUUUGUCAAUUGGGUAUUAUAUUUUUGAUAUCAAAAGGUACUUAUUCUUUUAUGUACUUGAAUUUAACUGAUAAAAUAAAAAUAAGGUAGAAUAAAAAAUCCUUUAAUAACUAAAGUGUUCAUAAUCCGUCCAUGUUAUGUAGAAUAUUUAUUUAAGUGACUUUUAGUGUUAAGUUUUCAAUGUAUUUUGACAUUGUAAUAAAAUGAAUUUAUAAUA